GAAAAUAAUUUGCAAAUCAUUGUAUUUUGUUUUUAUCUAUGAUUUGCAUAACGUGCCAACUUCACUGGUUUUGGGACACCCUAAAAAAAAGUCUGCUUCACAGCACGAGGAUAGAGAAAAAAAAAAGGAACUUAUUGACUACAACGUUGGACUACAAUGGCGGAAUCGCGCAAAGCUCUUCAGGAGAAGUUAGGUGUCUUGCUCAGAACACCUCAACGUGAGCUCUCCAGGCCAGAAUCAAACUGGUAACCCUCCAGUUACAAGACGACUACUGUACCCACUGAGCCAUGCCGCCCCACUGCAGUAGGGUGCUGGAAUGAAACCCCGUCACCCACUAGACCUUUGUGACAUUAAAGAACAAACAAGUUUUGUAAAACAUCAAACUACCCUGCUCCGUUUGGACGUGCCUAAAGAGAGCAAUGCUUCAGGUCAUGACCUGCCCGACCAGCGGAUUCCAACUCUUCAUAGUCCUGCUAUUCCUGAGCGGGACCUGCACGGCCAUCUCCAAUGACGCCAGAGAGUCCGCCAGUGGUCAGCUGGUCCACAUUGCCCAGGAAGAACCUCCCCGGGAUGCUGCGAACCAGGCGAGGAAUGGUGGCAAACAGCAGUCUGAACUCGUCCACGAUGAUCUAGACCAGAGCCAGGUGGGCUGCAGGGAGUUGAGGUCCACCAAGUACAUUUCAGACGGACAAUGCACCAGCAUCAACCCCAUUAAGGAGCUGGUUUGUGCUGGCGAGUGUCUGCCGGCUCACCUGCUGCCCAACUGGAUCGGUGGCGGUCCCACCGGUAGGUUCUGGAGCCGCAGAGAGGCCCAGCAGUGGCGCUGCGUCAUCGACCGAACCCGAACUCAGCGUAUUUGGCUCCAGUGCCAGGACGGCAGCACCAGGACCUACAAGAUAACCGUAGUGACCUCGUGCAAGUGCAAACGCUAUUCCAGAGAGCAGAACGACUCGGGACACAAAGACGCCUUGGUGCACGGCGGAAAACAGAAGAGGAAACACAGGCGGGAACAACAUCCCGAGGACCAAUCUGGUAGUAAAUCAGACGAGUAAAAACCCUAGCAGCUACACAAGAAACCUCCUGACGACAUCCUUAAAUGUGUACAAUACAUUUGUCAAAGUCAAUAGUUUAGUUUUAAUGGUUGUGCUAUGCAUCUGUUAAGUAAGCUACUUUUCCAAAGAAAUACAGUAGUAGAGUGUCUAGAUCUACAUGUAAUAGAGUGCAGAGCUCACUGAAAGAGGUUGGAAAAUGUAAAUAUGUGUUUGUCAAACAUGUUGGUGAGUUAGCAGGCUACUUUUUCGAGUUUGUGAAAGCUUUGUUGUAUGAUUGUGGCACAUGCUGAUAUCUAGUAUAAGCAAUACAUACAUAGACAUUGUUUCAAGAAGGAUUUUUUGUCUUCAUCAAGACUCUUCAAGCGGUUGUCAAUUUCACAGAUUUGUUCAGUAGUAAA